UGUCAUGCAGUGUUCCACGUGACGGACCAGAUCGGGUGCAAGCUGACGGACCCGUCGCUGCCGGGGUUCAUCCAGCAGGCGCUCCUGCCGUUCCAGCGCUCCGGCAGCGGCCCGUCGCCCAAGUUCACCACGUGCCUCGGCAACGUGGUCGGCCCCGGCGGCCCCGACGUGUCGGACUGCGCCUCGCUCGAGUUCACGGUGCACGACCGCCCGGGCCUGCUCUCGUCCAUCACCCAGGUGCUCGUCGACCAGGGCUGCCACGUCGCGUCCGGCCAGGCGUGGACCCACAGCGGCCGCGCCGCCGGCGUGCUCUACGUGACGGCCACCGGCGCCGACAGCGCGGCGCUGCACCCGAGCCGGUGGGCGCGCAUCGAGCGGCUCGUGAACGCCGUGGUGGACGCGCGCGAGAACAUGUCGGGCGAGCGGCGCUGGGUGUGCAUGUCGGCCCCCGUGCGCGGCCGCGUCCACACGGAGCGCCGGAUGCACCAGCUCAUGCACGACGACGGGGACUACGAAUCCAGCCCCGCCCCCACGCCCGUCGACGAGGAGCACUUCUGCAUGGGCGACCGGGCGGCCACCGCGGCCAGGUCGGCGCACCGCACCGAGACGCGCGUCACCAUCGACAACUGGGAGGAGAGGGGCUACGCCAUCGUCAAGAUGACGAGCAGGGACCGCCCCAAGCUGCUCUUCGACACCGUCUGCGCGCUCACCGACAUGCACUACGUCGUCUUCCAUGCCACCGUCGGGGCCCAGGGCCCUCUCGCCAUCCAGGAGUACUACAUCCGGCACAAGGACGGGCGCACGGUGGACAGCUACGCCGAGCGGCAGAAGGUCUCCCGGUGCCUCGUUGCCGCGGUGGAGAGGAGAGCAUCUCAUGGCGUGAGGGUGGAGGUGCGGGCGGCGGACCGGUCGGGGUUGCUGUCGGACUUCACCAGGACGCUGCGGGAGCACGGCCUGUCGCUGCUGAGGGUGGAGAUCAAGCGGCAGAAGGAGGAGGCCAUCGGCACCUUCUUCCUCGUCACGGACACGGGCGGCGAGGUGCGGCCGGAGGCGCUGCGCGCGGUGCGGACGAGGGUCGCCGAGAUGGGCAUCUCGCUCGACGUGGCGAAAGAAGCGUUUGGCUGGCCGCCGGUGAGGAAGACGAGAGCGCUGGCCCCGUCGCCCGCCGAUCAGGAGAGGCCCAGGUACUCCCUGGGGAGCCUCCUGUGGUCGCAUCUUGGGAAGCUCUCGAAUAACUUUGGCUACAUCAGGUCUUAGAAAAUUGUUAGCCAGGCCAGUUGAUUCACCGUUUGCAUUCAUGUGCUUUGUUGGAUAUGAUAUGAGGUGUCAUCAGAAAAAGCAGUACAAUUUUGUAUAUAUACAAAGUGUAGUAUCUUGUCAUUACAAAUACAGUUCCCGUCACCAUUUUGUUCUCUAUCUUUUUUCCUUUCUUAUACUCUCUU